AUCUCUUCCUGAAAUAGAGGUGUUUUACCUGUAAACGCAGCGUUUGUUCUCUACGUUUGAUCAUUUUCUCUCUAUUAGUAGAUGCGGAGUGUUUGUUAUGAGAAGCAGCAGAUGCAGCCGGUUAUUGGCCCUUCAUCUUCCAGCUGUUCCUCUACCUCUGACAGCUUCCUCCUCAGCCACCUCAAUACGGCCGAAUGUGGAAGUGAAACUUCAGCAGAACAAGAGAAACACGAAUCUACAGGUCUCUCCAGGAUGAGGUCCAUUGUGAGCUUCUACAUAUGCUACGUGCUGUGCCUGGGCCUGGGCCUGGCCUGCGUGGUGUGUGUAUGUUUGUGGAACAGCCAGUGGCGUGGCGGCUUCGCCUGGGACGGCUCGGCCCAGCAGUUCAACUGGCACCCCGUCCUGAUGGUAACAGGUCUGGUGGUGCUGUACGGCUACGGAGCUGUGUUGUACCGCGUCCCGCUGACCUGGGGUCAGAAUAAACUUCCCUGGAAGCUGCUGCACGCUGCUCUGAUGCUCCUCGCCUUCAUACUGUCAGUGCUGGGACUUUGCGCUGUGUUUGACUUCCACAAUGCCAAAAACACUCCCAACCUCUACUCCUUACACAGCUGGAUCGGACUCGCCACUACAGCUCUCUUCGCCAUACAGUGGGUGGUAGGAAUGGCUGGCUUCCUCCUCCCUUGGUCGCCUAUAUCACUGCGUAAACUCCUGAAACCCAUCCAUGUGUGGAUGGGAGGCAGCAUACUGUUACUCAGCAUCGCUGCCUGCAUCUCUGGCAUCAACGAGAAGCUCUUCUUUGUUCUGAAAGGAAAUGCCAGUGGAACUCAGCCGUAUGCUAAACUUCCAUCUGAGGCUUUGUUAGCAAAUUCAUUAGGAGUUUUGAUUGUAGCCUUUGGCUUGAUUGUCCUGAAGAUUUUGUCGAACCAUAAAUGGCAGAGACCGGACUCUCGGCCUGAAGAUACGGCUUACGCGCCUUUGUUUCAAGAAGAAAAUGAAUGAAGGAAAUUUCAGAACUGCUCACUGCAUCAAACCCGUCCAUGAAAAACCAGUUCAACCAUCACAGAUCACCAGUGGCUUAAAGAUUGAAAUGUUCUACCCUGAAUGUAAAAGCAGCUAUCUGUGUGCGUUUGGAAUGUAAAUAUUUAUUUGAGAUUAUAUUUAAGAUUGGUCUUUUGCUGAAUAAGAAUAGAAAUGUGUUUAAUCAAAGCAGUGUACCUGAAGUUCUCCCAUGAUGCAUUGGAGCUUUUACUUAAUGCACUAAAACUGUACCUGAGGCAAAUAUUAAGGUUUUAUAUUAAAGAUUUUGACAUUGCUACUGCAUUUAGUGUUUGCUCAGAAAAAUAUUUCUAUUCUCUGAAAACUGAGAAUAAGACUUUAAUGUGGCAAAACUCUGCUUUCACUUCAUUUAAAUAUUAGUUCCAGAAUGAUACAACUUGUGAAGUUCAAAUAGUUUUUGACUGGUAAAAGUGCUGUUUAAUGUGGAUUCUUUUACUUAGAUGUGCCCAGAGCUUUCAAUCAUGUCCCAUGGCCUUUCUUCUUUGGUCAUGUGAUAACUCUUGUAUGUUAUCCCAUGCUAGUGAAGUUUUCGGCUUAGGUCUUAUGGUGACACCUGAGCAAGUUCCAUUUGCUGAAGAAGGCAACUGAAAGCUCCAGAAAAACCUAAAUACAGCUUGAAACUUGUAUUGUAGAAUGUUUUAGCACAGUUCAAUCUUUCCAAGGUAAAGAAUAAAUCUCCAAGCUAGAUGUUGUCAUUUCAUAUUAUGGGUUUAAUGCCUGGCUAAGAUAUAUGACUGAAACAUUGCUUUUUCAAUUAAAUGAAUGCAGACAGUG